AUGAGAGGAGCUGGAGAAGAGACAGUGGCGUGGAGGUACUUAAGCAGAGAUGUUGUCCCGUUUGCUGCGAUGUUUACGGCGGAGUGUGCCAUUGUUGGGUCCAACACUCUGUUCAAGGCUGCCACUUUGAGAGGAUUGAGCUUCUAUGUCUUUGUCUUUUACUCUUAUCUUGUUUCAACACUUCUUCUUCUUCCAUUAUGCUUCAUCUUUGGAAGGUCAAAAAGAUUGCCUCAAUCCAAGUCUCCUCUCUUCUUCAAGAUUUUAUUAGUUGGGCUUCUCGGUUUCAUAUCGCAGAUAGCUGGCUGUAAAGGAAUAGAAUAUAGCUCUCCUACUCUUUCUUCUGCUAUCAGCAACCUCACACCAGCUUUCACAUUCACCCUUGCUGUUAUCUUCAGGAUGGAACAAGUGAGGUUAAGGAGCUCUGGGACUCAGGCUAAGAUCAUUGGUGCAGUAAUAUCUAUAUCUGGUGCUCUGGUUAUUGUGCUCUAUAAAGGCCCAAAGGUUCUUGCUGCUGCGUCUUUUACAUCUUCAUCACCUCCUACCAUUUCACUUCACCAGCAGCAGAUGACUUCAUUCGAGUCAAGCUGGAUUAUCGGAGGCCUUUUGCUUACUUCACAGUAUUUUCUUAUAUCAUUUAUGUAUAUUCUUCAGACGAUGAUCAUGGAGGCAUACCCUGAAGAAAUAAGAGUAGUCUUCUUAUACAACUUAAUCGCAACGCUAAUCUCAGCACCAUUGUGUUUUUUUGCGGAAACCAACUUGACUUCUUGGGUGCUUAAACCAGAUAUUUCCCUGGCUGCAAUCAUAUGCUCGGGAAUCUUUGUUUCAUUGUUCACCGCACUUACCCACACAUGGGGUCUGCAUCUAAAGGGUCCGGUCUAUGUAUCUUUGUUUAGACCAUUGUCUAUUGCUAUUGCAGUUUCCAUGGGUGCUAUAUUCCUAGGCACUGCACUUCACCUUGGGAGUGUCAUCGGAUCAGUGAUUUUGAGCUUUGGAUUCUACACUGUGAUUUGGGGUAAAGCAAGAGAGAAUUCAACCAAAGCUGUUGCUGGUUGUGAGCAUUCACCUUUGCUGCUUACACACGUCGUUGAAGACGAACACUUGUUAGUAAGAUAUGAUUGAUGCAAGU